AUGUUGAUUCCUGACGGGUAUCUGACUGAAGAACGCAAAGCCGAGAAUCCAGAUAAGGAUACCUUCCAUACUUUCUUCUCUGAGACAGGAAGCGGCAAAUAUGUUCCCCGAACGAUAUACUGCGAUCUCGAACCGAAUGUGGUCGACGAGGUUCGGACUGGUACCUAUCGCCAGCUCUUCCACCCUGCCCAGAUGAUCACUGGAAAGGAAGACGCCUCGAACAACUUCGCUCGUGGACACUAUACUAUCGGCAGAGAGAUAAUCGACGAUGUUGUGGAAAGAGUCAAUCGUCUUGCUGAGAACUGUGAUGACCUGCAGGGAUUCUUACUCUUCCACUCCCUAGGCGGCGGUACGGGUUCGGGUUUUGGAACACUUCUCCUAGAGCGUCUAGCCACCCACUUUGCAAAGAAGAGCAAGCUUGAGUUUUGUGUCUACCCUGCUCCCAACCUGUCAACUUCGGUAGUCGAGCCGUACAAUUCGGUACUGGCUACAAGCUCGACUAUGGAGUUAUCGGAUUGCAGCUUCCUCCUUGACAACGAAGCCAUCUAUGAUAUCUGCACGAAGCAGCUCACCAUUGAACGGCCAGGACUAGAAAACUUGAACCGUCUCGUGGCACAAGUCAUAUCUUCGGUUACGGCAUCUGUCCGUUUCGGUGGCUAUCUUAAUGUUGAUCUGGCUGAAUUCCAGACCAACCUUGUUCCGUUCCCUCGUGUUCAUUUCCCCAUGUUUGCCUAUGCACCCAUCGCACAGGACUCCAGGGCUACCCAUGAAACAAAUACUAUCCGUGAAAUGACAUUGGCCUGUUUCGAUCCAAGCAACCAGAUGGUCAAAUGUAACCCGCAGAAUGGCAAAUACAUGGCAACCUGUCUGCUCUACCGCGGUAACAUCAUCCCCAAGGAAGUCCAUUCUGCGGUUGCUACUGUCAGAACCAAACAGACCAUCCAGUUUGUCGACUGGUGUCCCACUGGUUUCAAGAUUGGUAUCUGUGAUAAAGCUCCUGAGCACGUGCCAAAUGGUGACAUGGCAAAGACGGACCGUGCAGUGUGCAUGCUUUCCAAUACAACUGCCAUCGGAGAGGCAUGGACGUCUCUCUGCCACAAGUUUGACCUUAUGUACUCCAAGCAAGCCUUUGUUCACUGGUUCGUCGGCGAAGGCAUGGAAAUGGGUGAGUUCGCUGAAUCUCGUGAAAAUCUAGCGGUCCUGGAGCGUGACUACCAGGAAAUCGCCAACGCCGAGGGUGAUGAAGAACCCGAGCAGGAGUACUAA